CUCUGCUUUGGAGCAAAAUCCUGCUCAACAGGACAACUAUAAUUCCAGCAACUCUGCUUUGCCUUUGGAGGGUCCACCUGAGCAGGACAACUAUUACAGCUCUGCUUUGGAGCAAGAAGGCCAUUACUCGGCAGCUUUGGAGGAAGGCAGAGAAUAUUGCUAUGCUUCUCAAGGACCUCCUGCUCGUCCAGCAGGCUUUCAACUACCUCGACCAAAACAAGGAAAACACACGAGAACUGCGGGUGCUGCCGGAAUUGCACUCCCUGGAAGAAGUGCUUCUCCUGUUUUCAAGUAUUGUU